AUGGCUGACUCGCAGCUGUUCGCCGAGGAGACGAUUCCAGGAACUAUCAACAGCUACGGUCCCAUGGACGAGGACGACGGGCUGUACCCCGCCGGCCAGUCUCGGUUCAUCGGGCAGCGCACGGAUAACACGGUCUCGUCGUACCCUUACACAUUGUCCUCGACCGCGAGCCACGACUACAUCCCCCAAUCGACGCGUCCGGUCCCUGCGCCACCGCAAGUCGCAGACUGUCCGGCGGGCAACCCGGGAGACGUCGAUGCUGCCGCCUUCAUCCCCCUCGAGGCUUCACGGACACGCGCGUCAGAUACGCACUCGAAGCGCUUUGUCGCGCGCUUCCGCCGCCCCAAGGUCGAGUACAACCGCGACGCCCUCCGUCUCCAGCAGCUGGGCUACGACCCCGUCCUCGGCCGCGACUACACGUUCUGGUCCAGCUUCUUCAUCUCGUGGAUCAGCAUCGGGUGUCUCCAGGGCACCAUCUUUGCCGUCCCCGGCGCGUACCGGUACGGUGGUCCCAUGAUGAUCCUAGUUGCUUGGCCGAUCUCGGGCAUCUUGUCCAUGGCGCUUGUCCUGGUCAUGUCGGAGCUGGCGUCGGCGUACCCCGUCGCGGGAGCCAUGACUUCGUGGUCGUGGAAGCUGGCUCGAGCAGGCGUAGGAGGGGAGCGGUACUGGGGGUGGGCCAUGACGGCCAUUGUCCUGGGUGGACACACUGGUAAUAGCACAAACGUCAUUAAGGGAACGAUGGGGCUCAAGAACGAGCACUACAACCUCGAGACGUAUCAGCAGUUUCUGUUCUACCUCGCCAUUGUCGCCGUUGUCGGAACGAUAGGAAGCCGCGCCUGGGCAAACAGCCACAAGUACUGGAUUGUCGCGGGCGUGUUUGUCAUGGGCACCUGGCUUGCGCUGUGCAUCGCGCUGGCGUCGACGGGUGUGGCUCAUCGUGACUUUUCCACUUCUCAACCGAUCUCUACUCACUUUACGAACACGACGGGAUGGAGCAUGCGCGGCUACGUAUAUCUGCUCGGGUGGCAGUACACGACAAUCGCGACCGGCGCGGACGCCUCGGCGCACAUGUCGGAGGAGACGCAGAAUCCCUCGCGCAACGUGCCGAAAGCCAUGACGGCGGCGAUCGCAGCAACCUACGUGCUCACAUACAUCUCCAUCAUCCUUUUGCUUCUCUCCGUCAAGCCCGAGGACGCCGAGUACAUCACGCUGCAGACGUUCCCCGUGGGCCACAUUCUGAUCAAAGCCAUCAACUUUUCUGGCGCGCUCGCCAUCUGCAUCAUCCUCAUCAUCGUGCUCUGCCUGCAAGUGCAGGCGCAAUUACAGGCCGCGUCGCGGUUCACGUUCGCCGUCGCGCGCGACAACGCGUUACCCUUUUCCGACGCGAUCAAGUACACGAACAAGCAAAAGCAGCCCGUGGUCGCGCACUGGCUCGUCGUCGCGCUGUGGGGUGCGUGCUCGGUGCUGAUCCUGUUCAACAAGCCGGGGCUCGUGCUCUCGCUCGUGACGACGGGCGCGUCGUCUCUGUCCAUCCUAGGCUAUCUGAUCCCCGUGGCGCUGUACCUCAUGUCGAAGAUCGAUCUGGAGCAAGAAGGGAGAACCUCCUGGUCGCUGCGCAAGUGGUCGCGUCCCGUGGCGUGCGUCGCGGUGCUCUUCUGCGUCACCAUCAUCGUCGUCCAGACAUUCCCGGGCACAAACCCAGUGAGGGCGUACAACAUCUCCUGGUCCCCCGUCAUCAUUGCCGGCACGCUGCUCAUAAGUUUCCUCACCUGGCGCCUGUAUGGGCGGAAGCACUACUCCGGCCCCAUUCGCGCACUGACCAAGUGGGAGACGGGCGUCGAGCUCGACCUCGACAGUACACUGCAGGCGUCGACGGGGCACGGGCGGAAAGUGGACGGCGACGGCGACGGCGACGACGGAGAGGGCGAGUCCCCAGGGACAGGCUCGGGAUCGGAAAAGGAUUGGACAGGCCCAAUCCCCGUCGCUACCAUGCCCGACCUGGCUUAUUCGGAGGGCGGCGCGGCGAGUCUCAGUGUCGGCGUAGCGCCCGCCGAGACGGUGGACACGAUGACGUCCCCGGGCGAGUGGGAACAGUUUGACUCGUCCCUGGCCCCGGGACACACGGACUCGCGGGUCUAG